GCCAGCGCUACACACCACAUCAGAGUUUCCUGUUUUUAGUCCUGCCUCAAAGCAAGGAGAGUGGAACAGGGAGGAGAUCACCAUUUCUCGCUGCUGGAGUGUUGAGAGAGAGAAAGAGAGAAGGAGGUUCUGUUGCAUCAUUUUCGCAGCAAGGUGACCCCCACCCCUUCGCCAAAAUCCGGCUAUUAGAUGUGACCACGAGGUUGAUCAGGAGAAGCCAUCAUGUCUUAAACACAGACGGGCCCUCUGGAGCCCUGUCCCCCCACCCUGGACCACCCUCCCCCUCCCCCAUCCACCACCUUACCCCUUCUCCCAGCCCGAUCCCCCUCCCAGACCUCCCUGCACAUGUGAGGGACAGGCUACCCAGCCCUGGCUCCCCGCUGGCGCACCCCUCUCCUCCCUCCGGAGAGAUGAGCCUGCAGAAGCACCGGCAGUUGGGUGGUGGUAGUGGUGGGGUGAUGGGCUCUGAUCGGGACCUGCAGUCCACUGCAUCCUCCAUCUCUCUGCCCUCUGUGAAGAAGGCACCAAAAAAGAGGCGCCUCUCCCUUGCCUCUCUGUUCAGACGGCGAGGUAGGGAGCCUAAAUCAGGGCGCCAAAGGACCCGAGAGCUUCAGCACCCUGGACCCGGUGGGUUUGGAGGGGUGGAUGGCAUCGCCAGCAUUGAGAGCAUUCACUCCGAGAUGUGUAAUGACAAGAACUCUGCCUUCUUCUCUGUGGCUGGGAACGGAGCUGCCUCUGCUGCUGCUGCUGCUGCUACUGCCUCCACCUCAUCUGCCUCAGGGCCUUCCUCCUCUACCUCCUCCUCCUCCUCCAAGGUGGGGGGUGGGGUGGGGGGUGAGCUACUGGAGUGCCCGUUGUGCCUUCUGCGCCACUCGAGGGAGAGCUUUCCUGACAUCAUGACCUGUCACCACCGCUCCUGCAUCGAUUGCCUACGUCAGUACCUGCGCAUUGAGAUCUCAGAGUCACGUGUCAACAUCAGCUGCCCUGAGUGCUCGGAGCGCUUUAACCCGCACGACAUCCGCAUGAUCCUUGGUGACCGGGCACUCAUGGACAAAUACGAGGAGUUCAUGCUGAGGAGGUGGCUCGUUGCUGACCCUGACUGUCGUUGGUGCCCUGCGCCGGACUGCGGGUAUGCAGUGAUUGCCUUUGGGUGUGCCAGCUGUCCUAAGAUCACGUGCGGCAGGGAAGGCUGCGGCACAGAGUUCUGUUACCACUGUAAGCAGCUGUGGCAUCCCAACCAGACCUGCGAUGCAGCACGUCAGCAGAGAGCCCAGAGCCUCCGCCUGAGGACGGUGCGCUCGUCCUCCCUCAGCUACAGCCAAGAGAGCGGAGCUGCAGCUGAUGACAUCAAGCCAUGUCCACGCUGUGCUGCUUACAUCAUCAAGAUGAACGAUGGCAGUUGUAACCACAUGACCUGUGCUGUCUGCGGCUGUGAGUUCUGCUGGCUCUGCAUGAAGGAGAUCUCAGACCUGCACUACCUGAGUCCGUCAGGCUGUACUUUCUGGGGAAAGAAGCCAUGGAGCAGGAAGAAGAAGAUUCUUUGGCAACUGGGAACGCUUGUGGGUGCCCCUGUUGGCAUUGCACUCAUCGCCGGCAUCGCUAUCCCUGCCAUGAUUAUUGGCAUCCCUGUGUAUGUGGGAAGGAAGAUCCAUAACCGUUAUGAAGGCAAAGAUAUCUCCAACCACAAGAGGAACCUGGUGAUCGCUGGUGGAGUGACUCUCUCUGUCAUCGUGUCUCCAGUGGUGGCUGCAGUCACUGUCGGCAUUGGAGUUCCCAUCAUGCUGGCUUAUGUCUAUGGCGUGGUGCCCAUCUCACUGUGCCGUAGUGGAGGUUGUGGUGUCUCAGCUGGGAAUGGCAAAGGAGUCCGCAUAGAAUUUGAUGAUGAGAAUGACAUGAAUGUUGGCAGUGGGACAGCUGCAACCGAUACUACAUCAGUGGCAGACACCAGGAACAACCCCAGUAUAGGCGAGGGCAGCGUUGGAGGGAUGACAGGCAGCCUGAGUGCCAGCGGCAGCCACAUGGAUCGUCUGGGGGCCAUCAGAGACAACCUGAGUGAGACGGCGUCCACCAUGGCUCUGGCUGGAGCCAGCAUCACCGGCAGUCUCUCUGGCAGUGCCAUGGUCAAUUACUUAAACAGGCUGGAGGUGCAGGCUGAUGUACAGAAGGAGCGCUGCAGUCUGAGUGGAGAGUCUGGCACAGUCAGCCUGGGUACAAUCAGUGACAACGCUAGCACCAAAGCAAUGGCUGGAUCCAUUCUUAAUGCCUACAUGCCCCUUGACAGAGAUGGGAACAGUAUGGAGGUCCAGGUUGACAUUGAAUCCAAACCCGGUAAACUACGCCACCACAGUGGCAGCAGCAGCGUAGAUGAUGGCAGCCAUGUUGGCCGCUGUGGCUGGACUUGCCCCUCCAACGGGUGCACCUCCUCAGAAAGCAAAGGAACCUCCACUAAGUGGGCCAAAGAGGCGUCCUGCUCCUCGUCUUCUAGCUCGGGGGGUAAAAAGAGCAAAGGCAAGCUCCGCAAGAAAGGCGGUGGAGGCACCAAAAUCAAUGAGACGCGAGAGGACAUGGACGCUCAGCUGCUAGAGCAACGCAGUACCAACUCUUCCGAGUUCGACUCUCCGUCACUGAGUGGCAGCCUGCCGUCUGUGGCAGACUCCCACUCCAGCCAUUUCUCGGAGUUCAGCUGCUCCGAUCUGGAGAGCAUGAAGACAUCCUGUAGCCACGGCUCCGGUGGAGGCGACUACCACACACGUUUCGCCACCGUCAGCCCCCUACCGGAGGUGGAAAACGACCGUCUGGAGACCUGUCCUGCCUCCUCAUCCUCCUCCCAGGGACAAGGAGCUGUGAUCACUCCCCACUCCCCCACCUCCACCACCUCCUCCCUGGGCCACAGUGCAGAGCUCUCCCCUCUCUGCUUCAUCACAGAGGAGAAUGUCAACCUGGUGUGCCCAGCGGAGCUGGACUCUCACAGCAACACCAGAGAGCUGCUAAAAGAAACCAACAACAACCACCAACCACAACACCAAGCCCAGACCCAGCAGCAGUCCAAGAACUCCUGUAUACAGACUGACAUAUGAAAUCUCAAUACCUUAAGUGCUGCACAGAUGCUCUUUUUAUUUAACAUCUUUUCCUCCACUGAACUAACCAUCAUAGCUUACAGUUAACCUGCAUUUUCUGUUCUUCCCUUGUAAAGGGGGAUUAUUUUUUUUUUUUCAUUGAAAGCAACCUUUGAUUAAAACAGAUGUGUGUGUCCACUGGCUGUCAGAGGGCUUAUUGGACAUAUUAAGAGCUUUCCAAAGUGCAGCCAUGUGAGAAAUGUUAAGGUUGUGAAUGCUGGUGUUUUCCCCCUGUGCGACCUGCCAACUGCUGAUAGUUAUUUUUUUUUUGACAGUUUAUUCACUCACCACUUAGAACAGAGACAGCCUACCCAUACGGCUGCUGUCCUAUUGAUCUGUGUAGGUUGAAUAAAACCACUGUGCCGGUUUUGCUACCAUUUUAAUUUUGGCUCGACAGUGUGGAUGCAACACCAUGCAGGAAUCUUAAUGUCACAGCUUUCUAGCAGUGAACCCAAACAGGGACCAGGCAAUAUGAUUCACAAUUCCCACUUUUUUCCCAAAUGUAUUAGUUACAGAGGAACCUUUGCGUUCUUGUCUGUAUUUAUUAUUAGACUUUCUUUUUGUCUUUUCCCUGGAUGUUUGUUUCAGAUGAACCCUCUAAUCUAUAGUUAUGUCUGUUAGGCCUGGGCUUAACAUCCUUAAUCAUUUUAGCACUAAAAUCAACACAACGGAGAUUCUCAUUGGAUGGAUGCACACUGAUCUGUGUUGGAGAUGGUGCUCGAAAAGCUUCUUAGUAACCACUGAGUUUAGACCUGUAGCUGUUGUUGCCUAAAACUCUGUGUUUUUGGUGCCAAGGUGAGUUUGGAAGCCUGGGCCUGGUCUAGUUCUGUGGAGAGCUACGGUGAUACGUUGGGGGUGGGUGGGCGAGGGUUCUUUGAUUUAAGAAAGGUCUCUGGAAGGCCACGGUUGUCGAGAUAAUGCUGAAAGUCAUUAUAUUAACAUUAACCAAUGGGUUGGUCAAUUCUGUGAAAUUGUAUCAAGAAAAUGUUUUGUCCUGUUCAAAGGUGACUUAUUCAGGCUGACGGUCUCACCUCACUGAGUAAGAGAGAGCUUUGAUAUCUUUCUUUGUUAACUCAUGGUGCCUUCAAAAAGCUGUUUGUGUUUUCUCUCUUGUCUCUCCCUCCACUGUGUCUUCAAGACUCCCAACAACGAUGACUCAUUUUAGGUUGCAGAAUGUCUGUCUGUGUAGGAGGGACGCUCAUUCACACGCAGAACAUACUGUGGUAGACAUGGUAAAUGAAGACUUUUCAAUUGCCUACCAAAGACAGCACUCAGGCUCUUGUUAAAUCUUAUACCUUUGACUUGACAGCUGUAGACACAGUAUAGUUCAUCCUUUUUUACACCAUUGGGAUGAAUGAAGACAACACCCAGGAUUAUACAGACAUGCGGACUGCUGUUUUGUACAUGCUUCACAAAUGCUACGCAAAUAACCCCAGGACAGCCUGAGGCACCUGCACUGUUACCUGUGUUUCUUACUACAUUGAUGAUCUGCAAUGCACAAAAGGUGAAUCGGGAAACAUAGGAUAGUUCUGGGUCACCUUCCCUUUUGAUUUGUCUUGUGAUUCCUGUUUGUGUUGCCAAUCGGUGCUGCUGAACAGACUUCAAGUUAAAUUCUGUUUCUCAACACUUAAAUUAGUUUGCUUAAGCCUGUCUCGACUGCUCAGUGGUCAGAUUUAUUGAAGCCACUGAGCUGGCUCAGGUGAACCUCUACCAGGUAGGUAAAAAGCAUCUUGAAUGGUAUUUUGACCCAGGUCUGUUAUCGAAUGAACACUCAGUUUGGUUUUAUGGAUACGGCUUCAUGCUGCAGUCUCCCUACAUUAAAGCAAAAAUGUAUUGUUCUUCCUACCAGGUUCUGUUUCUCUUGAUUCUUCACCAAAACUCCAGUUUCUUGAUCCUAAUUUGAACACUAGUGCCAGAUAUAAUUUGUAAUUUGUGCAGAAUGGCAUAAGGUAUUUGUACAUGUGUUUGGUAAUUUGCUUUACUAUAUGCGUGUAAAUGCAUAUCAGAAAAAUAAAAAAAAGAAAUGUA